UUCGUUUGCAGGGAGUGGAAAAGUGGCGCUGCCUUCGCUUUCGACGAGUUGGCUUGGCUCGUCUACCGACAGAACGACGACGGAGGGCCGCCAGCCAUGACGUAGGCGUGUGCUUGGGGAAACACGUGUUACAAAUAUAAGAAAGCGCGGCAGUGGUGCCUCCGAGCGGACCAGUCCCCCACGAAAGCUUGAACAGUUAUUGUGGCUGCUUCUCGUGCAGCACGUCAAGAUCGUGCUAGGCCAGGAGGCAUGAGCCUACCAGGAGGGCCAGCGUUGGGCUUUAGUUCCUUUGGAACUAAUAAAUGUUAUUUCUCUCUCUCUUCUUGACGCACAUAUUUGCGCACAUUUGGGAAAAAUUGAACACACACACACACACACCGGAAGAUUAAUGUGGUUUCCUUUCCGCUCAUAAGGUUUGCGAAGCUUAUUAGAGAUAGGCGGCAAAUGUAAUUAAUGUUUCAUUUCUUUACUCAUACUUGCCAGGCUCUCUGCUACAUUCUUGCGGCGCUUCACUAUAAACAGUGUCUUUGCAAUGAUAAUAAGAAAUAGUGGGUGGAGACCGCGGCAUUCUGCGUGCGAUCUUCUUUUCUUCAUCUUUCUAGGUAAGUGUGUACCUACGCUCGGAAGCACAAGGAAAGGACGAAGGUAUGUCACAACGGGGUGAAACCGAGACGACAUGUUCGGCGCAAGGCACAAAUCGCUUCGGCUUCUGUCGGCGCCCCACAUACACCAUUUUCCUCAUCCUUCUCCGGCCACUUCUGUGCUCUGCCUCUUAUUUCUCCCCAGCCUGUUUCGGUUUCGUCAAUUUUAUACGCCUUUUUUCAUCCACAGUGUGCCCCUCUCCGUGUCUGUCACGGAUUCCCCCUGUUGCACGGAAGUUCAAGCGAACGAAGGCAGAGGGGGGUAUUCUGGAGGGCUGCACUGCUAUAGCAGGAGAAAUUCCCCGAGUUUCGGCCCCAACCCUAAAUGCAUAUUUUAUACAGAACGCCCGGCGUAACGAAAAUCCUGUCUUCGGCUCCUACGCGGCUGUUCAAUCCGGCUCCGUCAUGCGCGCCGGCGGUAUUCGGCCAGCCAUCCCGCCCGCAGAUAGACGAGCAGCGUUUCUUUCGGGCCUCCCUCCUGCUACCUCCGCAGGCGCGUCUCGCGUAACUGCACAGCGUCUUCGUCUUUUCCGCCUUAUUUUGCGUUUCUUCAAAUAUACGCUUUCUGCCUCCAUGCCAGCCGCCCUCCGAGAUGGCUGGCACGUCAUGCGCGGUUCUCGUUUUCCUUUUUCCUGCUGCGCCUACGUACACGCAACCCCGCGGUCGCCACCGUCGUCGUCAUAUAACGUCGUCGACGCGGCAUUGACUCCCGUUUUAUUCCUAUACAGCGCGCGACUUAUACGCGUGUUUAUGCGCCGCGCUUGGUCGUUUUCCGUUCGCUUUUAUUUUGACCCCCUUCCUCCCUGCUCGCUUGGCUUCUCGUUCCCGGGGCGGCACGCAGAAGGCCGGUUUUCAUCGGGGCGUGUCCCGCGCGCGGCGUGUCACAUAACUCACCCCAAAUUUACAAACGACGGCGAAGACGCCGGCGCCGAGAAGGGCAAGUGGGAGUGGCGGCGGUGGUGGUGGUGGUGGUGGCUAUGUUCCCUCAGCCCGUAAUAGUAAGUGGUGCCAGAGCGCACGCUGUGCGGACCGACGCUGCACGCUCUUCUUUUGGGGUCACCCUACUCGGCAAGCGGCCGCUGCCGGGAUCUCCGGCUGCGCGGGUCGGCAUCUUUAGGCACGAUAGGGAAUCUGUUCAGCGUCUUUCUUUUUUUCCCUAGGGUGCAACUCUGACGAAAAAAAAAUCAUAACGUCAAGAAGCAGCUCGAUGGAAGUGCCUCACUUUCUUUCGUUUCUGUUCUUUUUGGGUUUUUUUUUUUUUUUUUGUGAGUACCGGCGCUUUCAUCAUAACGGCCUGGAAAUGUCACGGACAUCGAGGUUCACGGCCCUGCGCACUCGCGCCCCGCAUUCCCUCCCGUGGUGCAUCAGCGCGCGCUAUUCGACAGGAAUGGCUUGGGCGAGGUAGGGCGAUAAUGACGCCGUGCACUAGGGAAUCGCCCGUGGUCGAAAGCCCGACUCGUUUCGGCGGACGACAGCUACAAAGUUUCCAUUUUUUCUUUCUUUCUUUUUACGCGUGACCACUGCGUCGAAAGAGGGAAGGUGGCCAUUAUGGUCGUUUUGCGAGCAAACUACGGUUUAAGAGGUCGGAAAUAUUUCCAGCUAGAAAUAUUUACGUGCACAAAGACGCGCUCCUUAGUAUUCAGUUUAUUGUGGCUUGACUUCGAGAGCAUUACGUCGCUAGACUUUCGCUCCGGCGACGCUAUGCAGUAACGCACGAACUGCGUUAUCUCAUCGCGACUGAGGGAAAAUUCGGAGGACGCUGAAGCUUCGCCGAUAAGAGUGGAACGCGAUAGCAUUCAAAGGUCCCUGACUGCUUCUCACGCUUCCCGGCAACUGCAGCUUACGUGACCGUAAUGUUUACCGGAAACGUGCUGGCGCCGAACGCUAUGUUCGAAGGCGAGCGUUCUGGUAGAAACGUGGCCUCUUGCGUGGGCGAAUCCCGGAGCUAGUACGCAGUCGCGCCAAAACAAUUACAUCAUUUUCGGGUUUCUGUUAUUGUUUCGCACUUUAAAUAUUUCAGUCUGAGAACAUGUAACAUAAAAGACAUGCACUGCCGGUGUUUUGUUCCAUGACUUUUGUUUGUGGGAUGAACGAGAAUAAAGGGAACCGAGGGGCCCCAUUUUUAUUACACCUAUCAUAAGAAGCCAACAAACAGACACCAAGGACAACACAGGGGAAAUUACUUGUACUUACAAACUGAAUUAAAGAAAUUGGGAAUGAAUGGGAAUGAAAGUGGAAAACGGCGCCUGUUAGGAACGGCCUGCAGAGAUGCCGACAUUCAACGUUUUCUCAGCCAGCUGAAGCCGCGAGCGUGGCGAGCUUCCCCGAAGAGGCCA